UUUAGCUAACUCGCUUAGCUUUGUAAGCAAGCUAGCUAGCUUACAAAGCCUCUCUGCAUGAAACAGAAAAGCGCUGCCAGGAUGUGCUUCCAGAACCUAGAUGAUUCUGGAAUUUUAUUGCUACCGACCGUAUUCAGGGCGGAAUUGUUGGACGCACAGUCCUGGACGAAUCCAACGGCAGCCAGACUCCCUCUUGCUGCUCGACGUGCCCGCACUAGCCUACGGGACUUCGAAGAACGCUGGCCACCUUGCAGCUGGUGUUCCAAACAUGGCCUGGAUUGAGACAGACGUGCCAGCACUACCCCUAAUGAGGCUGGUGCCUCCUGAUGACCAACAGAAGGAGUGUUCAUCUGUGACCCGUGACCUUCGACCUUCGAUCUAUAUGCCAAUCCUAUGAGACAUGCACACCUGCUUGGGUCAUUCCAUGAGUAUAAGGUGAGAAGAGCGCGAGGAGAGAGCUGAGCGCCGCGGAGCGGGGUCUGCGUUUCCGAUAAUGCCCUUUAACCGCCACGCCCUGCGCCACUGAGGGAGCGACUGAGCUGCCAUGUCACACCACCACCAGCGAGGGCCCCAGGGCCGCACCAUGAGCGCCGAGGAGCGGACCUCCACGCCCGUCCACAAGACCUCCACACCCACGCACAAGAGCGCGUCGUCCUCCUCGUCCUCGCAGCGGGACAACCGGCAGGGGGCUGACAGCUGGGAGAUCAUCGAGGGCCUGAAAAUCGGGCAGACCAAUGUCCAGCGGCCUGACAAACACGAGGGCUUCAUGCUGAAGAGGAGAAAAUGGCCUCUGAAAGGCUGGCACAAGCGCUUUUUUGUCCUGGAUAAUGGCAUUUUGAAGUACUCCAAGUCUCCCAUUGACAUUCAGAAGGGGAAGCUGCACGGCAGCAUUGAUGUGGGCCUGUCGGUGAUGUCCAUAAAGAAGAGGGCGCGGCGCAUCGACCUGGACACAGAGGAGCACAUCUACCACCUGAAGGUGAAGUCCCAGGAGAUCUUCGACGCCUGGGUGUCCAAGUUGCGACAUCACCGGCUGUACCGGCAGAACGAGAUCGUCCGGUCGCCGCGGGACGCCUCCCUGCGCACCUUCCCUCCCCAGGCCGUCCCCGACUCUCCCCAGCUGGCCCCUGCCCCGGGGCGGGACGUGAAGACCACGCCCAGCAGUUUACCAUGGCAACCCCCGGUCCCUAGCAACAGCAGCCUCCCGGCCUCCUACAGCAACGGCCAGAGCAAGGUGGCGGCCUGGCUACAGGAGUCCGAAGAGAUGGACAAGUGUGCAGAGGAGCUCGCACACUGCCAGUCCAACCUGAUGGAGCUCAGCAGGCUGCUACAGAGCCUGGAGAUCCUGCAGAGGACCCAAUCAGCGCCCAACUUCACCGACAUGCAGGCUAACUGUGUAGAUAUGUCAAAGAAAGACAAGCGAGUCAACAGAAGAUGGAGAACAAAGAGCGUCAGCAAAGACGCGAAAGUGCAACUGCAGGUCCCCCUAAGUGUCACCAUGUCCCCGGUGCGGCUGCACUCGUCUAACCCAAACCUCUGCGCCGACCUGGUGGACUUCCAGGCCCCCGUCACCCGCCUGGCGGACACCAUCGAGGGCGCGGCCGACUACACCAAGUUGCAGGAGGACUUCUGCCUGAUUGCCCAGAAAGUUCAUUCCCUCUUGAAAUCCGCUUUCAACACGGUUGCCAUAGAGAAGGAGAAGAUCAAAGAGGUGCUCUCUGAGCAGGAGCAAGCAGGGCAGACCGCCCAGAUCAUGACCCUGAGGAAGUCAUUAUCACAGGCGCUGACCCAGAACGCGGAGCUUCGAACCCGGCUCAGCCGCAUCCAUUCCGAGUCUGUGCUGUCAGAGCAGGUGGUCAGCGUCAACAUCAUCCAGAGCCCUGAUGAGCCCAGCAUGGGGAUCCCACUGACUCAGCAGGCCUCCAACGAGAGCAGACUCUCCAUGUCCGAGUCCGUGUCCGAGUUCUUCGACGCCCAGGAGGUGCUUCUGUCGGCCAGCUCCUCGGAGAACGAGGCCUCAGACGAUGAGUCAUACGUCAGCGAUGUGAGCGACAACAUUUCUGAGGACAAUGCCAGUGUCACGGACAACAUUUCCAGGCAAAUGCCUAACGGCGAGAUGGUGGGAGGCGGGUUCCGGAACGGGCGGAGGACGUGUCUCCCCGCCCCCUCCCCCGACACCAGCAACAUCAACCUGUGGAACAUCCUGCGGAACAACAUCGGGAAGGACCUGUCCAAGGUGUCCAUGCCCGUGGAGCUCAACGAGCCGCUCAACACGCUGCAGCACAUGUGCGAGGAGCUGGAGUACUCCGAGCUGCUGGACAAGGCCGCCGACACCAGCGACCCCUAUGAGCGCAUGGUCCUCGUUGCUGCUUUUGUGGUCUCUGGGUAUUCAUCCACCUACUACAGAGCAGGAAACAAGCCGUUCAAUCCCCUGCUGGGGGAGACCUAUGAAUGUAUCCGGGAGGACAAGGGCCUCUGCUUUUUCUCUGAGCAGGUGAGCCACCAUCCUCCCAUCUCUGCCUGCCACUGCGAAUCCAAAAAGUUCACCUUCUGGCAAGAUGUCAGGUGGAAAAACAAAUUCUGGGGGAAGUCCAUGGAAAUCCUGCCGCUGGGGACGGUCAACGUCACGAUCCCCAGGUUUGGCGAUCACUACGAGUGGAACAAGGUCACCACCUGCAUACACAACAUACUGAGCGGGAGACGCUGGAUGGAACAUUACGGGGAAGUCACCAUCCGGAACACCAAGAGCACCGCCUGCAUCUGCAAGCUCACUUUCGUCAAGGGGAACUACUGGAGCUCGAACGUGAACGAGGUGCAGGGCUUCGUCAUGGACCAGGAGGGGAAGGUGGUGCACCGGCUGUUCGGGAAGUGGCACGAAGGCCUGUACUGUGGCAUCCCGCCUUCGGCCAAGUGUGUGUGGAGACCAGGCUCCAUGCCCACGGACUAUGAGCUGUACUACGGCUUCACGCGGUUUGCCGUUGAGCUCAAUGAGCUGUGCCCAGAGAUCAAAGACCUUCUGCCCCUGACGGAUGCCCGCUUCCGCCCCGAUCAGAGGUAUCUGGAGGAGGGGAAGGUGGAGCUGGCGGCCGCUGAGAAGCAGCGAAUCGAGGACCAGCAGAGGGCCCGCAGGAAGUAUCAGGAGGAGAACAACAUAAAGCACCAGCCGCGCUUCUUCAAGAAAGUGGUGGACGGAAACCAGAGGGAGAGGUGGGUCUCCAACAACACGUACUGGGAGCUCCGCAAAUCCCCCGGCUUCAGCAAGCUGGAGAACCCCCAGCUGUGGUAGCAUCCCGCCCGGCCCGGUGCCCUGAACGUAUCGCCAUCUCCGACAAAGAAAGCUUUAACCUAUGCACAAUGUUUCCCGGACGCUCCCGUCACCACGACGACGCCCAGGACCGCAGAGGCCGACGGGAAGUGGGAUGCCGCCGCCUCUGGCGCUGUGGCGACACCGCCCGUCACCUGAAGCCGCCCACGGGAUUGCGUGCCCCACCCCCCUCCCCCCCACGCCGAGGCGCAGAGACGGCGUCGUCAGGGCAACGAUCUGACCCGCAGAUACGCCCUCGCCCGCUUCGGCAUCCGAGAAUGCCUUAAAAAGGAGAAUUGCUUUCAGUAGACCUGUUCAAACCCAGCUCCUUCUGAAGCUUUAGUGAACAACUCACUUAAUCUUUCAAAGCGCUAUGGUUUAGACUGAUAGUUAAGUCAGGCGAUUAGUUGCUGGUAGCUAUAAGUAUUUCAAGCAUGUGUAGGCAGCUCUCAUUGGCCUAAGUUAUGAUGACUUAAAAGUGUGCAUCACAAAUGAUUAGUAGUUAAAAAAAGUACCUAACAUUUAUGUAAAAUAUCUCUGCUCAUUUGUUAUGUUUGAGUGAAGAGCACACAGAAGAAAUGACACGUUUAUCAUUGGUGAAAUAGAUUUUUUUUAGUAAUUAAGGCAGAAACGCCUUGUCCAGAUAAAUACGUGUCAUAGCUGUGUACUCUCUAGGGACAAGCAAUUUCACUGUAAAUAUAACUUUGUAUUUCAAAUAUACAUUGUGUACAGCAGACACAGUGAAAUGAUCAUGGGUUUACUGGUCAUGGAACCUGUAAAGUUCACCAUUGAUAGCAUGUAUUAAUUCAUUCCUUCCAAAGAGCUUUGCAUCGCUGGAUUUUAACGGGGCUGUUAUGUGAGAAAUUGCUCACAUAGCGAGUUGAUACAGAACAUUCUCACGUGUGUCGUGUGGCCCACAAUGUCACGGUUUAUCACAGCAACCAAUCAGCUGCCUUUGUGAAAAUGCCCGCAGCCAAUCGUGAAAGGUCUGGAAUUUGUCGCGACCUUCUCAGUCCUUAGAGAUCGUUUCAUUAUUACUGCACUGCAUAUCUGUACCUUGUUUACCAUAGUAAACCUCCUCACCCCCCCGGAAGAAGAUUACACCCCCUAGUCUAUAAAUAUGAGACUACGUGUCGGAGACCCCUCUCGUGAUGUGGAAGUAUUCCAGCCAAGAAUGUCUGGCAGCAUGCAGCCCAGCGUUAUUUUAAACUCUGGCAUUAACUCGGAGGGCCGAUUGCACUGGCUUGACUCGGCCCAUAUAUAGAGGAGGAGGUAGGGCUGUCCCGAGUGGGCAGAACCUGUGCUCAGGCCUCUGAGAGAAAACUGUGAUUCUGGAACAGUUGCUUUCUCUCAGGUAAUGUUGUCUUGUCAGGGGCGUGAACGGGAAGUAAAGCUCUCUGUAGAUUUUUUUUUUGGAGGUGAAGGUGUCCUCCAUCUAACUCUCCAGCUCCAUGCCGCAUGAACCUUACCUAGCACCUAAUGUUCCCUCUCCUCUGAUGCGUCUCAGAGCAGUAUGCAACAGAACAGCGCCACCUGCAGCAUGUUUUGAAGAUUGACUGUAGUAAAUGCAGCAGUUGUACUUGGUCCGGGCAUGGUCCAGCGGAAAAUUUCGAAUCAGGGCUGCGUGAGGUGGAAGAGUAAAAUUAUUCAUGAAAUUCUGGAUGUUGAAACAUUGCAUCGCUUCAGCAGUGUUUUAUGCAAGCAGACAUGAGGUUGCAACAUUUUUUUUUUGUCUUGUUUUCAGCAGUUAUUUAUCAUACAUUAAUGUUAUUUUAAAAAGCCAAAGAAGUGCACAGCUGUGUUUUUGCUUUUAGAUUACCAAAUGGGAAGGGUAGUGAGUUUUAAUGUAAAAUUUUAGAGAAAAAAAAUGCUAUAUCCCUGGAGAGUAUUUGGCUAUGAUUUAAGGCUUUAUAUGUAUGUUUAAAAAAAAAGAGAAAAAUAUUUGGCCGACACUGCCUUCAUUUAAUAAUCCAUACAGUAAAUUUAUACUUCAAAUGUCCUCUCUUACCAGAGUUGAUUUAAUGUGCAAUUUAGGUCCAUUUAAUUACCAUCAGUUGGUCUUACUUUAAUGUUCAAGGAUUCACAAUGGGGUAAUUUAAGAACAGCAUUUUCCACUGGAAUGAGUGGGCAACAGUUC